AUUUUAUGCAUAUUUGGGUUUAUAUGAAAUGACGAUAAUGCCCCUGGUCGGAGCCCGCUGUCCUCUCCUAGUAGGAAUUUCCAAACCGCUUCUGCAGUUUUCAUCCAUGGCGGCCGAGGCUCACGGCAGCCGGAAUUCUUCAGAAAUCCAAUCGGAAGAUGUCCGACGCUCUCUAGCGAAUUAUCCGGUGCCGCUCUCCCCGCCGCCGCCGCUCAUAUCGAAGGAUGUCGAGUUGAACAGAGCCCUAACUGCUUCGUCGAAAUCGGCGUUGUUUUCCCUCUCCCGAGAGGAUGUCCUUUUUGAAGACGAGUGGCUCAUCGCAGUCAAUAAGCCUCAAGGAAUUUACUGCGAGAGCGUUUUAUCCGCGGUGCGAAAUCUCCUCGACGCCGAUCGAGGGGAUCAAACAAAUCCGGAGCUCCAUCUAUCCAACAGGCUCGACCGAGACACCAGCGGCGUCACGAUCGUAACCAAGUCGCACAAAGUGGCGGCAAAGCUCGUAAAAGCGUUCACCGAUCAUAACGUGAAGAAGACAUACAUUGCCUUCUGUGUCGGCGCACUUCCAAAAUGGACAAACAUGGUUAUAAAAUCGGGCCACGGUCGAUCCCGGCACGGAGCCUGGCGCGUCUACGCCCUUUCAGACGCUGGCCGGGCUCUCCCCGGCGGAUCGUGUAUACGGGACAUGGAAACGUCGUUUGAAGUUGUGUCGGUGAACGGGAGAGAACGCACCCGCCCGAGCCCUGCGUCAGGAGAGAGUGUGGAGAGAAUCGUUGUGGAGGGAAGUGCGGAGGUCGCCGGUGAGGUCGAGAAUGGUGAAGUCGUGGUGAGAGCGCACCCGAGAAGUGGAAGAACGCACCAAAUCCGAUUGCAUUGCCAGUAUCUCGGAAUUCCGAUAAGGGGAGAUGUGAAGUAUGACGGCGUGUACAAGUGGAACGGGAAGAUUUACGACGGGCACGAGCUUCACGCUGAGAGCUUGUCGUUCGAGCAUCCCGUCACGGGUCGCCCGGUUUCGAUCUGCGCCCCUUUGCCUUUGUGGGCUUGCGCGGAUAUUUUGAAUUGUGAACGAGAAAAUCUUCGAUGUUCAACUUUGCCAUGCUUGUUGUGUUUAAACACAAAAAUGUGAAGUUUCGAGAGUUUGUUUAAUUCGUAUUUGUAAUGAAAAGAAAUUUUGUUGUUGCCGUCC